AUGGAUCCGUCAGGGAUCAUCGGCAUCAUCAGCGUGGUGGCUCAGAUCGUCACCACGUGCACGAAACUUGGCCUGAGCUGGCGUGAUGCUCCCGAAGACGCCAAAAAAUUCAAGAAUGAGAUGGAUGGGCUGUACAAAACACUAUCAGAAACUUCAAGCCUUCUGAUCCAGAAUCCCGACUUUAUCGCAGCCUUUGAGGGACAGCACUCUGCAGUGCUGUCUAACCUUAUGACACUCUCCAGUCCCGACGAUGAAAGCCUCCUCUCUGCUUGUCAAGACGAACUCGUUCGUAUUCUUGAGGGGCUGCAGAAGCAGCUUAAGGGUAGCCGCUUCGGCUGGCAACGGUUCAAAGCGAUGUUCUCUGGCGAAAUGACGCAGUCAGCAAUUGAAAACCUCCAGCGCCGGUGCCAAUUGAUAAACAGCAUGAUCUCGAUCGACAAUACGACGCUUGCGGUGAAAACCAACCUCGAAGUCCGGUCUUUGAAAAAGGAUCUUGCCGGAAGACAUUUAGAAGAAAGGAAGAUACAGAUUCUGGAUAGAAUAACGCCAGUCGACUUCACAACGCAGCAGAUUGACAACCUCGAUAGGAGGCAAGAGGGAACUGGAAAAUGGCUUCUUGAAUCCCCAGAGUUCGAAGCCUGGGUCCUUGGAGAUCGAAGAACACUAUUUUGUCCCGGAAUGCCUGGUGCUGGGAAGACUAUGCUUUCGUCCAUCGUCAUCGAGCAUCUCAAACGCCGGUUUGAGGGAAAUUCGACGGUUGGAGUUAGCUUCAUGUUUUGCAAUUUCCGACGGCACGAUGAGCAAACACCCCGUAACUUGCUAGCCAGCGUAUUGAAGCAACUCUAUUGCACGACGCCAGAAGAGUGCGAAGAGGUAGAGAACACCUACAGGCACGGGAUGUCUUCGGCGUCGAAACAAGACAUAAUGCGUUGUCUUCAAGCCGUGGUACCCCGAUUCAGCAGAGUAUACGUUGUCAUCGACGCCUUGGAUGAACUCGACGAAAAUCGAAAUAUGUUUCUCGAAGCUAUAUGGAGUUUACAGGAAACAUCAUAUGUCAACAUUUUUGCGACUUCUAGGCACAUACCAGAAAUCGAGCGCUACUUCGAUGGUUCACCAUGCAUCGAAAUACGGGCUUCCGAUGGAGAUGUGAUGAAGUUCCUAGAUGGCCAGAUGUCGAAGCUACCCUUAGCUGUGAGAAAGAACGAAGGCCUCCAAGACCAAAUCAAGGAUGCUAUCAUUCAAGCCGUUCAAGGAAUGUUUCUGUUAGCACAACUUCAUCUAGAUUCGCUACAAGGAAAACGCUCAGCCAAAGCCGUCAAAGAGGCACUUCGCAAAUUCUCUAGCGGUUCCGAGGCGUACGACGUUGCGUAUGAGAAUGCCAUGGAGCGCAUCGAACGACAGCUCGAAGACCAAAGAUCUCUCGCAAAGGACACGCUGUCCUGGAUAUGCUGCGCUCGAAGACCACUCGAUACCGUGGAGCUACAACACGCUCUCGCCGUGGAGGAAGGGACGACUAAACUAGAUGAAGACAACCUCCCUGAGCUAGAAGAUAUCAUUUCAGUCUGUGCUGGUCUAGUUACGAUUGAUGAAGAGAGCAAGAUUAUCCGUUUGGUUCACUACACGACCCAGGAAUUCUUCGAGAGGACGAAGGAGCGUUGGAUUCCUGAAGCGCAAACGCUCCUUGCGAAAUCUUGCGUUGCGUAUCUUUCUUAUGACAAAUUCAGGUUCACCUAUGAGGAGCACUUCGAGCGGAUGUGGAUAAAUCUAGAGAAGGAAGAGCAAAUUCAGCUAUCACAGUCUCGAGAGGAUCGACGUUGGCUUAACAUCACUGGAGAUCCAUUGUACGACUACGCCGCUUACAACUGGGGUUAUCACGCGAGAUACAUUAAUCACCCAGACCAGGGAAUACUCCGCUUUCUUACCGACAGAGCAUACAAUGAUGUGCACUGUUCAUCAGCCCGUUCUCUCCUGUUCAAUCACAAGCAUUUAUCCAAUUUCGAUUCAGUGCCGAUGCCUCAAUUUGUUCAUGGGCUACAUCUCGCAGCAUAUUUCGGUCUUGCUAGAAUCUUUGAGCUCUUAGGCGGGACCGAUAAAGAUAAUCUGAACCUCAAGGACAGCUGCGGUUACACGCCAUAUACAUAUGCCAUCUGGGGGGGCGACGAAAAGUUUCUGGAUUAUCUCUUCGCACAAAGUGGGCUUGAACCCAACAUGGAAGUCAAAGAUGGAUUAUUUGAUCUUUUCAGCAUCGCUUUGAUAUGCGAAAAUGAAACCGCUGUCCGUCAUUUGAUAGGGAUGUAUCAGAGCCAUCACGAAAGGAAUUGGCUGCUGGUUUUAAUUCUUGCCAUAAAAUGGGGCAACGUUCAUAUUUUCAAGCUCCUAACAGAAGCAGGCAAGGUUGAUAUCGAUGUUUUGGAGCGGCAUUGGGCCAAGCGCCUAGCAGAAGGAAACGAGUCCAAGUUCACUGUCACGGAGAGGCCAUUUUCACUUCUACUUCAAGCAGCAGAAGAGGGGCGGGUUGAGAUCGUCAAAUAUCUUGUCGAGACACAAAAGGUUGACAUUAAGACACAGAAUUCGCUCGGGGGUACCCCCUUUUCCAUGGCCAUCUGUAGGGGGAACUUGAAAGUAGCACAAUAUCUGUAUGAUACGGGUUUGGUCGAUCCAAACACAGCGAUUGACAAGUGGGGAACGCUACUGCACUAUGUUGCAGGUCACAUCUUGGUGAAACCGCAGUCAGUACAAUGGUUGCUUGACGGGGGAAAAGUUGACGCCAGUCUUUUCAUAAAAUCGAAGUCCGGGGAAACGCCGUUAGAUCUUGCCUUGAGGAAGUGGGGGACGGGAGACCCAAUACCCAAAAUGAUUGCGGAUAGAAUGACAUUUACAUCAGGAAUAGAUUUCCUGGAGGACCUGUAG